UUUGCGUGGAACUAUUAAUUAAAGGGAGAAAUCGGAUCCGAGGAAAGAUGUGGUUAUUAACAAUAUCAUAAUUGGGUAGUGGGGAUGAUUCGCGAAACUUUGGUAUGUACAGCAGGUAGGGAUUGCUUUUGGGAUAGCAGAACACCACUCCAAACAUGCCCUGGGAAAUCAACCAAACCAACACAAGAAAAGAAACUAAUGCAACACUUUGUCUAUGGUUUAGCGGAUGCGGUAUCAUGAAAACAUGGACGCCGGAACGACUCAAUAGUACAGAGGGAGUAGAGAGGAGGCGAUCGAAGCAUCGACCGCAUGCAAAGAUAGAAAUACAUCAAUGAGGAAAAAGAGGCGGAAGAGAAAGGUUAAGAGCUCUCUGAGUGUCGGCGCUCAUUCACCUCUCGAGCCAUGAGCUUGCCGACUUCAUAUGUCGAAAUCAUGAUGGCACAGGCCGGGGCAACUUUCAGGCAGCGUGCUCCCCAACCCUUGAACAGACCGGCCGUGCCUUCUUCUCGAAGAAUGUGCAUGAGGAAUUUCGGAAGGGAAAGCUGCUCAGGAGCGAGAGACUUGGGAGGGAGAGAUGGACGUUGGCCACCACUCGGCGGAACACCGUCAUCCAUGUGUCGGAAGACCUGCUGCCUCGUUUUGCCCACGUCGAAAGGCGUGGUGACCAAUGCUGCCACCGAUCCCGAGGUGGCACCGGCAAUGAAGCUCUCAAAGAAGGCCGUUGUCGUAGAUGGUGCAUCGAUAUCUGAAGUGGGGAGAUGUGGUGCAUGUUUUCGUGUAUUCUCUAACGCCUGCUUCACCUUUUCAUAUCCCCACCAGUAAAGACCGGAGAAGGGCACGUCGCGCCACAUGGUGAGCGACAGUCCUCGCCACAGGGAUGUAUAGCCGCUGGACUGGGUCAUUUGGUACAGGCCCUCCAAAGUGGCUUUGAAGUGACCCGCACCGUGGCCGGGAGUGGCCUGAAGCCUCGUUCGGAACAUCUCAACCGGACUUGUGGCCGAUGCGGCCGCCGUGCGAGCUAUUGCGCCGGCCACAAAUGGCGCAUAUACAUCGGACACAUUCUGCUUGAUGAGACUGCGAUCAUCCGUCCGGAGCCAGUCAUAUCCGGCGAAAUAAAUAAUGUUCGCCGGAAUGCCCAUCAUCAGAGUGGGACUGAGUCCGCGCCACAGGGUCCAGAAGCCCUCAUUCCGGGCAAUCUUCCGCAAUCCAUCAAAGGUCGAAGUGAAGGUCCGUCGCUGGGUCUCCUCCACAGCACAGUCAAGUGCAGGGUGUGCCGGACUCCUCAGCACGCCUCCUUGUGGCUCAAACAUACAAAUCUGCGCAUUAUCUCCUACCCAAAACACUUCACGGCAACAUGCUGUAAUCCCGAGGUUCGGUGGGAGGUUCUUCAACGUCUGAGUGGUAUGUGUGGUAUAAGAAGCGGCCGUGGAUGUCUGCGAUUGUGAUUGUAGCCGUACGCGUACAACAUCCAAGGGAGUGACUUGAGUAAAACGCCGUCAGAAAAUGGAACAUGUGUGAGGACCGUGCUAGGAGUCAACACUCACCGAGUAAGCCUGUCAAGAUGUUCCCGGCCGUCGCAGAGAUCAUGCGCUGUCCAAGCGAGAUAUUUUCCGUCGAAGGAGUCACGUCGGGGGUUGGGACUGCGCCCGUUGAUGCUGUGGACGUCAUUGGCAAGGGUUCGUCAAACUUGGAUGUCCAUGGCGUUGAGUCAAGAUCAGACUCAAAAACGUCUCCAGCGGCGCUGGAGUGGUUUGAAGUCGCAGAGAUAUCCAGCCCGAUUAAAAUUCGAUCGGCAGCAACCGAUCCUUUGGCGGGUGAAAGCAAGGCUGGUCUCGCGACUGCUGGAAGAGAUGGUUAGAAGGAAGCGGUGCGUCACCGAAAAGGAAGAUUUUCGGGGUUUUGCGGGUGGCGGCGGGCGGAGAUAAGCGUCCUUUCGUCAACGCCCUUAAUCCUUGUCACCGAUUCAACUUUGGAGCAACCAGGUCUGAAUCAACCACGCAAGUCGAUGGCGACCGAAGUGAUUCUUGUAUAGUUUUUCUUCGCUGGGUGUUUCUUGAUCUGUCUGGAUCGGUGGAACCUCUUGGGGCUUAUCAGAUUGAUCGAUCUCCGACACCGGACGUGUCGGGACCUUCCCCGCCAUGGAUGACAACGCCGAGCUCGAGUCUUUUCGCCGCCAGUGGCGUGAAGAAGUUGCUCGACGAUCUAAACACACGGACUCUGCACCUGCGCCCGAUGCUGCCCCUCAAUAUGCUGCGUCGAUCGCAGCUCCGGCGCUGUUGACGGCGACCCGACCUCCACCAACGCGUCAUGCCGCGACCGACCGCAAGGAUUUGGAUCAAGAAGGGCCUGCGCCGGCCUCGUUCGAUCCGGAGGAGCUAGCGCGACAGGUUGGAGAGCUAAGUGUGACACAAGAGGAAGCCGAGGAGGAAGAUGGAUUUACUCGUCGGGCACAGCAGGAGCCCAACUCAGCUAUUGAGCACUUUGAGCGAGCGGUCGAGAAGGAAGCUGCGGGCAACCUGGGCGAUAGUCUUCAACAUUAUCGCAAGGCAUAUCGAUUGGAUGCCGGUGUUGAUAAAGCUUACCGCAAUAAGCACUAUGCUCACGUUUGGAAGAAGCCCGCCCACCCUACACCAGCUGAACCUGCAGCCGCAGCCCCCGUGGCUGUUCCGGCGCCUGCAGAAGUCGAGAUCCUCCCCACGCCGGAACUGAUACAGUCCUUUGCCCACCUUCCUAUCCCUCAGGCAGAUCCACUCAUCGAAGGGACUGACCCUCCGCCCUGCCCGAUCGCCCAUGUUCCAUCCGAAGUUAUAGUUGAGAUCCUACGCCAUGUUGCUCUACGAGACCCGGCGACCUUUGGUCGGAUGGCCCUCGUGUGUAAGCGACUUGCAUACCACUUUGCACACGAGCAGCACAUUUGGAAACGGAUCUGCCAACGGCCAGAGUUUGGAUUCCAGGGCAUGCAAUACUCUUUCGUCUGUGAUACUCUUGGCCGUCCUAUCUAUACGCUUGACGAUCAGCGAUACACUCCAUUCCCAGUCGAUGUACCAGCCAAGAUUCCUAGUUCGCUAUCGUCUUGGAGCCAGGUAUUCCAGUCCUAUCCACGCAUUCGAUUUACAGGCAUCUACAUCAGCACCGUCAACUAUUCACGGCCGGGUGCCACGUCUUCUUUCCAGAAUGUGUCGUGGAAUAGCCCAAUCCAUAUUGUGACCUACUACCGCUACCUGCGGUUCUAUCCGGAUGGAUCCGUGGUGUCCUUGUUGACCACCACCGAGCCCGUGGAUGUGGUACCUCAUAUUAGCAAGGAGAACAUGAUGGCUGCGCGUGCUCAUUCCCACAGACAGCAUCAACGACAUGCCUCGGACCAGGGACAGACCCUUUCCGGGGCAACCGAACCUGUCCCGCCAGUCGCCAUGAAUGCCCUGAAAUAUGCCCUCCGUGGACGUUGGCGUCUAGCGUCACCUGCUGAUUUCGAGGAUAACGCAGACGAACAAAAGACCCCUCCCAAGGCAAAUCAGACCCAAGAAGCCUUUGAUCCCCGUGAUCUGAUUGUGGAGACUGAAGGCGUUGAUCCCAAGUACGAAUACACUAUGCAUCUCUCCCUUCGGUCUCCCUCGGUAUCCAAGGCCCACCCCAAUCCAUCCCGCAACACCAAACUCGUGUGGCGUGGCUUCUGGAGUUACAACAACAUCACUGAUGAUUGGGGCGAGUUUGGGCUUCGGAACGACCGGGCGUAUGUCUUCCGACGGGUCCGCGGCUGGGGCCUGGAAUGAGAUGAUGACGAUUAAUGAACUGUUUGAAAAUAUAUCAAAUUAUGAGAACAUAGAGAUUCAUAGCAAAUACAGAACAGAGGUUGGGUUUCCAGUCCAGAGAACCU